AUGAACCCGCAAUGUUCAAAAUGUAAAGCAGCAAUGAGGAAAUAUAACUACUCCGUCAAAGAGAUAGAACGUAUGCGAAACGACUAUGCAGAUUUAAAGAAAGAAGCAGAAAAACCAGCAGAAGAUAAAAUGAACAUGUUAGAAUUUCUGAACAAAAACUAUCCAACUGCUGACGAUUUCCUUCUAUCUGACGUCAAGAAGAAGUAUAAAGAAACUUUCGGUAUCGUUAAAACUUUUGACAUACUGACAGAAGAAAUAGAAGCUACGAAAUUGUUUAGAGUCAUGAACCAUCGCAACAUAUACCAUGUAAAACGCUUGUAA